GUAGUAGUACAAUGCUGAAGAAAAUAGACAUGGCCGCCGCAAAGAGGGCGGAGUGAUGUGCCGUGUCAGAAACUUUCUCUCGGAAUAUGGCAGCUGGAGCGUGAUACAUUCUUUUCUGUACAUCAAGGAACCCCACACAAUUAUUUAAAGGAUCAUAAAUGACAGUAAAUGGCUGAAAUCGCAUUAAAGAGGAGUCUACCGAUUGGUUUCCAUGGAGACAACAUCAACGAGUGAUCCCAUCCCUUCUGAAGAAGGGAAUCCCGAGGGCCCGGGAAGCCCUGAACUGGAGUUGUUAGCAAAACUCGAAGAAGCAAACAGGAAACUGGAAGCUGAUGAGAAGUCUUGCAACGCCCUGGUAGCUCGCUCCCCCACCCCUGGGCACUCAAGGAAAGGCUCUGGCUCUAGUGUGAUCUCUACCACUUCCUCAAACAGCCACUACAGCGCUCAAGUCUCCUACGAGGAGGAGGCAGCUGCCAAUCCAUCUGAAAACUUAUGGGAGACAUGGGGGCGUCUCGUCAACGAGUGGGACAGUAUCAAGAAGAAAACAGGCUACAUCAAGGAAUUGGUUCGGAAAGGGAUUCCACACCAUUUCCGUGGUCUAGCCUGGCAGCUGUUGCUUGGUGUGAACGACUCUCAGUUCAAACAGCUGUACGCAGAAUAUCUCAAGAAAACCUCACCGUGUGAGAAACUUAUUCGCCGAGAUAUUGCAAGGACUUUCCCUGAUCACGAUUUCUUCAAGGAGAAGGAUGGAUUAGGACAAGAAAGUCUUUUCAAUGUCAUGAAGGCGUACUCUCUCCACGACCGGGAGGUUGGGUACUGUCAGGGCAGCGGCUUCAUCGUGGGACUUCUACUUAUGCAGAUGCCAGAGGAGGAAGCAUUUGCUGUCCUAGUCCGCCUGAUGCAGGAGUUCCGCAUGAGGGAGAUGUUCAAGCCCAGCAUGGCGGAGCUGGGGCUGUGCAUGUACAAGCUGGAGUGCCUCAUCCAGGAACUGCUGCCGGACUUGUACCUGCACUUUCAGACUCAGAACUUCCACACCUCCAUGUACGCAUCCUCGUGGUUCCUGACGCUCUUUACCACGUCACUGCCACUGUCUCUUGCCUGCCGUAUCAUGGAUAUAUUCAUAUCAGAGGGGAUGGAGAUGAUAUUCCGAGUGGGGAUGGCCAUUCUACAGACUAGUCACGAGGACCUGAUGUCUCUUGACAUGGAGGGCAUGCUUAAGUACUUUCAAAAAGAUGUUCGCGCAAAAUAUGAAAAUGACACUGAGCUCCUUCUCAAAACAGCAUAUCAAGUUCGAUAUAGUACCAAGAAAAUGAAAAAGUUGGAGAAGGAGUACACUGCCUUGAAAAGCAAAGAAAAUGAGGAACAGAUAGAACUGCGGAGGCUGAGAACAGAAAAUAGAUUACUCAGGCAAAGAAUUGAUAAUCUUGAAAAGGAGUCUGCAUCUCUGGCAGAUCGACUUAUUCAAGACCAGGUGAUCCGGGCCCAAGAGGCUGAGGAAAUGUAUGCUCUGAAAAAUGAGCUCUCAGUUCUCAAACAGUCUCACUAUGAAGCUCAGAAGAAACUGGAAGAUGCUGACAUACUCAUUGCCGAGGUUAAGAGAAGAGGCAUAAAUGGUUUCAAAGACCUCAAUUGUGGACACUGGACGCUGUGCAUAGAUGAGGCGGAGUGUCUGACCGACGAGAGUGCCAAGACCAUCAUAAAGCAGCUUCAGGAGGAGCUGAUCGGUGUGCGGCUGAAGGAGACAGAGACCAACAUGCUCAUCAAGGAACUCAAGACCAAGAUCAAGGAGCUAGAGGAUACGAACCUGAAGAUGCAACGGGCGCCCAGCAAUGAUGUACAGCACCUACAGGAGGAGCUGAUUGCAGUGAAGCUGCGGGAAGCAGAGGCCAACCUGUCCUUGAAGGAGCUCCGCCAGAAAGUCAACGAGAUUGAGACCUAUUGGGAGACAUACAUGGAGAGGCAAAACAGUGUGACGUCACCGAAGGAGAAGAGCAGCAAGCAGGAGAUCAAGCACCUGCAGGAGGAGCUGAUGACAGUGAAAGUGAGGGAGGCCCAGGCUCUGGCAGAGAGCAAGGAGACCAAGCAGAAGGUCAUGGAGCUUGAAACACAAAACCACAUAUGUACCAAUCAAAUUCGCCGAAUGGACGAAGACAGCAAAUUAUUGAAAACACGUCUUCAGGAAGCUGCAGAAUCUGAUCGGGAGAUGAAAACCACUAUUAAGGAGCUUUUGCGUAAAAUAGAUGACAUGGAGUCAAGGAAAAAGGAAGAGUCUAUGAUGGCUCGUAUUAAAGAGGCAGAAAAUACUUCUAUGAUAGCUGAACUUAAACAGAAAAUAGCAAGUAUUGAAAUUCAGAAGGAGGAGAUGUUGGCUGCGGGUCAGCUACACGCAGAGGAGGACACCGAGGACCUUGAGAACCAGAUCUUUGAUCUGCAGGAUGAGGUGAUGCAACUGAAGAUGACUUUCUCACCACCUAAUGGAGGCCUGCUCGGGGACAGUAUCUACAAUGAUGAUUCAGCUGACGAUGUUAGUGAAGCUUUGGAGGACUCUGAGAGUCUCAACCGAACUCUGUCAGAGCUUGUUGAGGGCAAAGGGAGCCCGUUGCUUCUAGAAAACGGUGACAAUGACAGUGUGCCCAAUGGCAUCUCUGUGAUUUCAGUAGGAGAGGAGCUAGGAAAUGGGCUUGAUAGUAAAAAAGAAGUGCUGAAGAAUGGUGGCAGUGCUGUGUCAACAACAGAGGAGUGUUCAGAGAGUGUCCCAGAUGGCUGAACUAUGAACUUGGUGCAUGCUGCAUGUUGUUGUUGUCUGUAGCCACUCCGCCUCAAGAAUGCGCGUGUGCAUGCACGUGCAUGUGCGUGCAUGCCGCCCCACCAAACACGCUCCUCGUACAAGUGCCAAAUGUUGUUGUCAAGGUUAUAAAUGACAUUCAGAGCUCCUUGGAAUAUUCAGCCACUGUUGCCAGGCUACAAGGCAAUAGUACAGUUUUGUGUUCAAAUAUCUGGUACAAAUAAAAUGAAGAAAGGGAAGAAGUACAUUUUUAUAAGUGAAAUGUUGCCAAUAAUUCCUGUGGAAAUAUUUUGAAUUUAACUGUUCAGUUCAUAAACUUUCAGAAUUGUUUGUUAUUUAUGAGAGAACGCAUGUAUCAUUUACAUUAAUGUGUCUCUAAGCGAAUCUUUAGGGAGUCUUAAGUCAGAAAUGGUAAGAUUGACUACAUCUAAUAUUUAAAUUAGUUAGCUCAGUCUUGAUGGGAGAAAUUCCACGAGUAGAAACAGUUCACAAUGUUUCAUGGAACUCUCCCUCAGUAAGUCAGUCUGGGUCCAGAAUAAAACCAUGCGUGUGACAGGUCCAUCUAACCAAGACAAUCCAAGGGGCUCUGAAUGCUGGCCUGCAAUACUCAGAUCGGAGCAAGGAAGAUGGUACGCAGCUGGAUUGCAUGAUGUGGAAACAGGCAGUCAAACGUCACUCACUCAUUCACUCACUCACUCUCCACUUGUUUGUGAUAACUUAUUUAUAAAAUAUUUUGAAAUGUUCAACCAUAUGUGUUGGAUACUGAUGUGAUGAAAGUUUUGUUGUCUUUCAGAUUUUAUUUUCAUGUAGAAUUAUCAGCUUUGAAUAUGCAAUUUCAAUGUAGUUAUUGGACAAAAUAUGGACGUCUGUAUCACGAAUUACUAACAUAUAGUGUGUUGGUGGAAGCUGUUUGGACAAGGGCUGCCGUGUCUCUUUGACAAAACUGCAAGGCAAGCAAACUGUCUCAAAUGAGUUUGUCAUGGUUUGUCUGAAAACUUUGAAAAACGAAAUUGAAAGUUUAAGCCUCAAGAAUAUGGGGAUUUUCACUUUACAUUGUAUUUAACUAAUCAACAAGUUUCAUUAAGAUUGUUGUUUGGUAGAUUCUUUUGCAAAGGUCUAACAAGACACUCAUGAUGACAGGACUUAAGAUUUUGCGAUAUUGUUUUGUUUGAAACAAUGUCUUACAAACCUGCUAACUUUAAAAUGUAGCAUGGCUCUACGAUCUGUCAGUCAGUAAAUUCGUUUUUUACACACUUGUAAAGCUUUGAUUAAAAACAGGAUCAAGAACACAAACGUUGUGAUUGUGAAUACGGGAGUGGUGCAUCUGUGACAAAAUCAGUGACUUCCCGUUGUUGUUAUUGUUUUGCACACAUCCUACAUGCUCUGAGUCUUCUUUCUUUUCAAUUUUUUCUUUCCAAGAUUCCUGAUUGUGUUAAGCUCUUCGAAACCAAACCAUACUGUAAUAGUGUAUCAUCAACUUUUAUUUCUUCAAACCUUUACCUUCCUUAUACACCACCACACUUCUGCAUAUGUUGUAGUUAGCACCUGGCAUGGUCACAGAUUGUCAGUACUUUAAUCGCUGAUGGUCACUGAUGUUGUCUCACCUCGGCACUGGGCAUCCUCCUUUAUUCCACUUACUUAAGGCAUUCAGUAACCCUAUCUCUGUCACAUCUCAACUAACCAUAUUGAAAAGACUCUGGAACAAGCCUUUGAUUUUCCCAAAUUUCUUGUGACAAAGUUUUGACUUUAACUCUUCAAUAACAUGCCCAACACUUUGUGAGUCGAUUUGAUAGAAAUAUCUCUGAAAUCUAUUACCAUCUUUUGUGAAUGCUUGUAGUAAGCACUAUUUUUCAAUAUCAAAUAUGACACAAGAUGUUCUUUUAGGACGAUCAAGGGUAAAACCGUUUUGAUAUUUGUGUUUAACUUUGCAAUAUGGCUUUGUCCAACUGUUCGCGUCAUUAUGCAGCAAAGUAACUGUUGUGUUUCUUGGUCUAGCAUCUGCCAGAAAAACCUGUGUUUAAGAUCUGAUGGUUAUUGCUAUGGCAAAAUGAAUGUUUUGCUCAGACAACCGGUUCUACAAUGUUGAGAUAUUAUGACAAAAAUGUUGAUUCUACCAAAAAUACCUUUCACGAUAACUAGCAAAGAAUAACUCAACUAUACACACAGUCAGUAUACACACAUCUUUGCAAUAUCACCUUAUAUUUGUUAUUAUACAGACAUUUAUCAAACGCUUAGGGCCAGGCCAAUCGCAUUUCUUGGUUCACAGAGAAUAGAGGGAAGAAACAGCCUGGUAUAAAAGAAAUUAUUUAUCAUGCUAGUUGAUUCUAAAUAUGCAUGGUUGGUUUAUUUUACCUGAAGGCCUUGGAACAUAUUGAAUUUGGCUAAAAACAAAGGUUUGAUCAAGUAGUGGAUUGCAGUAAGCAAGCAACACAAUAUUUUUGUUAUUUUUUGGCCCAUCUGUGAAAUGAAAAAAGGCAGUUGCUCUGGCUUUAAUAUACAAGGCUAAACAUUUAUGUCAGAUAUGUUCAGGAUUUGAAUGAAAUCACUCACAAAAAGACUAUUUGUGUCGUCUCUGGAGCAGUGGCUUUAUUGAGAUAUAGGAAUGGUCAUGUCAUGGUCACCUCUGGUUUAUUAAUAUUUACAGCUGUUGCUACCAUGAUUAUGUUUUUGUCUGAGAUAUUGAAUGUGUGAAAAACAUUAGAACAUAAAUACUCACAUAAUCACAAAAAGGUCACCAAUGAUAUAACAUAUAUAUCAUAAUAGGUUAUGAAAGCAAUGUUGGAGUUAACCAUAUGUUUUACAUUUUCAUGCUGGCUUACAAAGUCAAUAUGGUUUAAUUUCCCACCAAAACCAGUUUCAGAGACUUCAAAAGAAGUUAAGGACCACCCCAUUCGUUCAUAUUACAAUGUUAAUGUCUUGCUAUGACAGAUUAACUCUAGUAAGAUAAUAGGGUCAAGUGGUCCUUAACUUCUAUUGAGUAGUAUAAGUUAAUGUUUUAACUAGCAACUUGUUAAAGAUUUUUGUUCUCCAUUGUUAAACGCAUGCCUUUUUGUUGGGCUUUAAAGUUGUAGACAAUAAUCUCUACUAUCCUGUUACAUGGCUCUGUUCUGUAUUAGGCACUGAUGGGCAUUGAUUGUUAUGCUGGUUAGUUGAGGGCUAGUUAUGUUGUAUAAAUGGUUGAUAGGUGUUAUGACUGUCCAUGAAAUUUUACGGAAAUAAUUUGUAUUUUCUUAAGUUUUAAGAUAUAUAUAUAUACAUGUGUAUUGUAUAGUUGAUGCAAUUGUUUGUGCAGCAAAUAUGUAAAGUUGUAUGUGGCAAUGCAAAUGUGUAUGUUGUACAUAUAUGUGACAUUGUAUAAAGAAUUAUUUUAAAGUGAAAA